UAAAAUGUUCACAUUGGGGCCAUAACUCUUUUAUUCUAGUCUUUGUUAUUCCAUGGAAACUUAAAAGCAAACAUAAUUAAUUGUCUUCUCCAAUAAAAAGAAAAAAAUGGCAAACGGAACCUGCAUAAUCAAAGUCCUUGACCAUAGCCAUGUUUCUCCACCACCCGGCUCUGUGCCCAAUACUUCCCUUCCCCUUACUUUCUUUGAUAUACCAUGGCUUCUCUGCCGUCCCAUGCAACGCCUGUUUUUCUACGAAUUCCCUUACUCUACUCUCCAAUUCUCACAGACCAUUCUCCCCUCUCUCAAAACAUCUCUCUCUCAUACUCUCCAAACCUUUUACCCUUUCGCUGCCAAGCUCAUAUGCCCUUCCUCAUCCCUCAAGCCCCAUAUCCUAUAUACAGAUGGCGAUUGCGUCCCUUUCACCCUUGCUGAGUCUUCCGCUGAUUUUGAUCGAACCAUAGGCUAUCAUGCUCGUGAUGUCAAAGAUCUCCACCCUUUUGUGCCCCAGCUGCCGCCUGCACGUGUGCUUAACAAGACUCGUGUUGUGCCUCUUCUGGCCUUGCAAGUCACAGUGUUCCCAAACUCGGGAAUAUGUAUCGGGGCGACCUUUUGCCAUGUGGCAGCAGAUGGGAGGUCAUUCAAUCAUUUCAUGAAAGCUUGGGCGUCCAUUUUAAGGUCAGGUGGAAAUUCAGCAGCCUGUCCGGAGAAGUCGGUGCCGUUCUUUGACAGGAAUUUGAUCAAGGAAAAGGACCCUUGUGGACUUGAAUCAAUGUUCUUGAAUGAAUGGUGGACUUGGGCUUCUGAUUGGGAGGAGGACAAGUUACCGGCCCACGAUAUUCUUGCACACAAGGUUCGAGCCUCAUUUGUAAUGGAUCGGGGUGUCAUCGACAGACUAAAACGUUAUGUCUUGAACCAAUGCGUGAAGAAAAGUGAAUCAGAGCAGCUACGCGCUUCAACAUUCGUCGUAACAUGUGCAUUGGUGUGGACUUGUUUGAUAAAAGCCCAAGAGCUUAGCGGUAGCGAAAAUCUUGAAGAUGACGAAUUUCAUUACUUUUGCUUCGUGGCAGACUGUCGAAAUCGCCCUGAAUUUGCAAUACCAGAGACAUACUUCGGUAACUGUCUAGCAAUAUGUUUUGUACGAAUGAAAAGGAGUGAACUGCUGGGAGAGAAUGGGGUGCUUGCGGCUACAAUAGCUAUUGGAAACAGAGUUGGGGAAUUGGAAAAUGGAGCAUUGAGAGGAGCAGAGAAGUGGAUUACCAAUUGGAAGGAAAUAUCAGAAACUGGUCAUCUUGUCACGGUCUCUGGCUCCCCUAGAUUGCGUGUUUACGAGACAGAUUUUGGGUGGGGAAAACCAAAGAAGACCGAAGUGGUUCAGAUUGAUGUUUCGGGAUCUAUAUGCCUUGGGGAGUGUAGAGACGAGGAAGGAGGUAUUGAGAUCAGUUUGGCACUUCACAGAGAUGAAAUGGAGGUAUUCAACGGCUUCUUUGAACAAGGUUUGAAGGCAAUUUAAUUGGUUUCCAGGCUCAUUCCAAUUUCCUGUUACUUGAAAUUGACUUAAAACUGAUAAAUAUAAACCAGAAAUAAUAUUCAGCUGGAAAUCUUGUUAUCUCUUCA